AUGGAAGGUGGUGAAGAGGCAUGGUAUUGGCAGAUGAAGAAGGAGAUUGUUUGGUCGGUCUCAGCCAUUGUUGUGAGCUUCAUGAUACUGAUUAUCUGGGAGAAGCUAUGGCUGAAGCCUCAAAGAAUCAGAUCAGUUCUGCAGAAGCAAGGCAUCACAGGUCCAUCACCUUCCUUCCCUUUCGGCAAUCUCUCUCAGAUUAAACGCAUCCAAUCACACUUCUUCAAUAAUAACAGUCUCUCCUCUUCAUCUCAACCUGAACAAUGGUUUCCCUCUCUCUUCCCAUUUCUUCAACAAUGGAGAAAACAAUACGGAUCAACAUUCGUGUUCUCCACUGGACACAUUCAGCAUCUAUAUAUAGGAGAUCCUAAACUGAUCAAAGAGCUGAAUCGGGCAAAGCCCAUGGAUCUUGGUAGGCCUACCUACAUUUUCAAGCCUUUGAAACCAUUGCUGGGUUCUGGUAUCUUGACAGUCAAUGGACCUCCCUGGUCUUUCCAAAGGAACCUUAUAGCUCCUGAGUUUUCCCUCCUCAAGAUUCAGAACAUGGUGGAUUUUAUGGAAGAAUCUACAAAGGAAAUCAUGAGGAAAUGGGAGAGGAUUAUAGAAGAAAGUGGGGUGAAGAAAAUGGCAGAGAUUGUAAUUGACGAUUAUAUGAAGGAUCUCACUGCUGAUAUCAUUUCAAAGGCUUGUUUUAGUGGGUCUUAUGCUCAAGGAAAUCAGAUUUUUGCCAAACUUACUGCCUUACAAGCUGCUGUUGCUAAACCUAACAUGCUUUUUGGGUUUUUAUACCUCAGAAUUCUUCCCACCAAGGAAAACAAAAAGAUAUGGAAGUUGGAGAAAGAGAUGGAACAGCUAAUACUUAAAGUUGUUCAUCAUCGUAAGUUACAAAACCAAAGUCAUAAAGAUCAAAAUCAGAAGGAUCUGCUUCAAAUGAUUCUUGAGAAUACAGCUUAUGAGGCUGAUAAUAGCAGUGGUGCAUGGGGAAUGUGGAAGAAGCUCAAGCACAAACGUGAAACCCAAAAAUUGAUUGUGGAUAUCUGCAAGAACAUAUACUUUGCAGGCUCAGAAACCACUGCUGUUUUACUCACUUGGACAUUGGUUCUUCUCUGUUUGCAUCCACAAUGGCAGGAUCGUCUUCGAGCUGAGAUUCUUGAAGCCUAUCCCAACAUAUCUCCUCACUGUUUCCAUGACAUGGAUAAAUUUCGAAAUAUGAAACAAUUGUCAAUGGUGAUUCAAGAGAGUCUGCGUCUAUAUGGACCAGCAAUAACAACUGCAAGGGAGGCAAUAAAAAAAGUGAAGGUGGGGGAAAUGGUGGUGCCAAAAGGAACCAACAUUUUGGUGUUCAUCACUGCGAUGCACAGAGAUCCAGAGAUCUGGGGAGAAGAUGCAAAUGAGUUCAAGCCUGAAAGGUUUGAGGGAGGGGUUUCAAAUGCUUGCAAGUAUCCACAAGCUUACCUGCCAUUUGGAAUUGGAAGUCAAAUUUGUUUAGGCCAAUACUUUGCCAUUAUAGAAGCCAAGAUAGCUCUCAUUCUUCUUCUGUCCAAUUUCUCCUUCUCCAUUUCACCUAGUUAUCGUCACUGUCCUUUCUAUAAACUGGCCUUGAAUCCCAAAUAUGGAGCACCCCUCCUUGUUACCAAGCUUUGAUCAAUAAGUGUUGUGAGUGUUGGUGAUCAUCAUCUCCAUGAUCAUAAUGUUAUGUCUCCAUCCACA